AUGCGUGAGCAAAAUAUUUCAACAAAGCAUAUUAGGGACUUCAUUGCAUCUCAACGUGGAGGGGUUCGUAAUUUAUCAUUCACAAGGAGGGACCUAAGUAAUUUUGCAACGCUCCAAAGAAUGUCACUUUUUGAGAGUGAUAUCUCAACGACUCUAAGUCACUUUCAACAACUACAAGCUGAGAAUCCUAUGUUCUUUUAUGCAGUCCAGAUUGAUAGUAAUAAUAGUGCAAAAAAUAUGUUUUGGGUUGAUGGGAGAUCAAGGAUGGCCUACCAGCAUUUUGGAGAUGUAGUCACUUUUGAUACCACAUAUUGUACGAACAAGUACAGUAUGCCAUUUGCACCAUUCAUCAGGGUAAACCACCAUUCUCAAACUAUAUUAUUUGGUUGUGCUUUGAUUAGAGAUGAGACUGUCGAAUCCUUCAUGUGGGUGUUUCGAACAUGGCUUAAUGUAAUGUUUGGUAAGCAUCCUACUUGUAUUCUGAUAGAUCAAGAUCCUUCAAUGAGGAAAGCAAUAAGUGAGGUCCUUCCUAAUACGGCUCAUCAAUUUUGUAAGUGGCACAUUCUUCAAAAAGCAUGCGAGCAUCUAGGCAUUUUAUUUGGUACAAAAGAGAAGUUUCAAGAGGAUUUUCUUAGUUGCAUCAAUUUUAGCUUAACAGUUGAGGAUUUUGAGUCAAGUUGGACUACUAUGAUAGAGAAGCAUGAAGUUGAAGAUAACACACAUCUAAAACAUUUGUAUCAAAUUUGA